GUUGUUUGUGCGCUGCGUGAUUCAUACGGACUGAAGGCUCGAUUCUCGAGGCGAGCUGCAUCCGCUGCAGCAAAUCCCAAACGCGUUGCCGCCAACUGCGCGAGAGCAACGGAACGCGUUGCUGCUGCUCCGGUGUCCUGCGGCGAUAGUGUAGUAGAAAUAUUCGACGCAUCGACGGCAGCCAGAGUACGGCCAGUACGGCGGUGGUCGGGAGCGUGCGGUGUGUGUGUGCGCGCAUGGCGGAGAGCCCGUAGCAGCAGCGACGGCGGGAGAACGCUGCCGACAAUUUUCUCCGCCGCAAAACAAGGAGAGAACGUGGCGAUCAUGUCGCCGUCGUUCGGGGCACCGCGGUUUUCGACUGUCGCAUCCGAGAAUGCUCGACGAGCCAGCUGACCGGAGCUCCCGAAACCGAAAUUCUUCACUGUGAUCUACAACUGCAGCAGUGCGAGAGUCUUGCGAGAAAGAGAGAAGCGCAGGAGAGAAAGAGAGAGAGAGAGACCGGAUCUAAGCCUAAUUAGAGAUCGCUACCUUCAGUUUUGCGUGAAUUCAAGCCGGCUUGUUUUCUGGCUGCCGAAAGCUCGUCGUUCGUCGUGGAGCUGGGAAGAGAAGUUGUGUGGUGGUGUCGUUCAGCGUCGCGAGUGACGGAAGAAAACGCAGGAGUGAGCGAGAGAAAAAAAGAAAAAAGCCGCUGAAGAAAGGAAGAACAGCCCGAUCUGCUAUCGCGCGCGCGCCCGUGCUCGUGUUGUGCGUGUGGUGUGCUGUGCGUGAGGUAGUAGCCGCUUGUCGCGUGGAGCUCGCCGGCGGCAGCCGUGAGUGCGGAAACGUUUCCCGACGUGUCCUGAAUAGCAUUUAGUGCUGUGACCGACGUGUUCCUUUUCUUCUUCACCGGCGGUCGCUGGGUUUCCUCUUCGUUGCGACUUUGGUGGUGAUCCUCGUGCGUCCCUCCCAAAAGUUCAGCGGCCUGCUCCGAGGAACGUAUUUCGUCGUAUUAUUUUUUUUAUUUUUUCGCGUUCCGUGGUGGACAGUCGGCAAAAUGAAGCGAUUAGCGGGAAAAAGGACGGUGGGGAAGAUCAUCAUGCCAGAGGCAAACCAGAAUCUUCAACAGAGAGUCACCCCUCCGCGCAACCUGGACUCCCACGCGAGGCUCAUUGUGGAAGGCCAGGAAGUCGAAGUCUCCACAGAUGACCUCCAGGUCAUUGAGGAGCUUGGCCGAGGCGCCUAUGGCGUUGUCGAGAAGAUGGUCCAUGUACCCAGCAGCACCAUCAUGGCUGUCAAGAGGAUAACCUUCACCGAGUGCAACCAGGAGCAGAAACGCUUGUUGAUGGACCUUGACGUCUCCAUGCGCACCAGUGACUACCCCAACACGGUGCAGUUCUAUGGCGCACUCUUCCGAGAGGGGGACGUGUGGAUCUGCAUGGAAGUGAUGGACACGUCGCUUGACAAGUUCUACCAGAAGGUGUUCAGCAAAGGGAAGACUGUCCCCGAGAGCAUCUUGGGGACAAUUGCCUUUUCGGUGGUCAGUGCCCUGCACUACCUCCAGAGCCAGUUGCACGUGAUCCACCGAGACGUGAAGCCGUCCAACAUCCUGUUGAACCGACGCGGAGAGGUGAAGAUGUGCGACUUCGGCAUCUCCGGCUACCUGGUCGACUCGGUGGCCAAGACAGUCAACGCUGGCUGCAAGCCAUACAUGGCACCUGAACGGAUCAACCCAGAGCACUCGGACAUGGGCUACGACGUCAAGUCUGAUGUUUGGAGCUUGGGCAUUACCAUGAUUGAACUGUCUAUAGGCAGGUUCCCGUAUCCCAGUUUCCGAACUCCGUUUGAGCAGCUCAAGCACGUGGUCGAGGAUGACCCUCCCAGGCUGCCGACAGGGCAGUUCUCACCCGAGUACGAAGAUUUCAUUGACGCCUGCCUACAAAAGCACCCGACAAAGAGGCCGACUUACCCACAGCUACUCAACAUGCCAUUCCUUCAGCAUCACUCUCAAGGCUCGGAGGAGAUCUCCGAGUUCAUUGCCGAGAUCCUCGAUGGCACAGAGGCCGCCAAGAAGGAGCCCUCACCGUCCGACUAGCCACAGCAGCAAUGCUGUAGGCUAACCAGAGAGACUCAGUUACCACUCGACCUCACCUGGGGAUGCAACACUACUGGAUGCCUAUAUUUCAAGGACUGGCCAAACACCCAGGUCUUGCAUAACCCAAGUGCAACACCGCCAACAGUCCCGAUUGGACUUGCCAACGCACGUUGUGACGAGUCACUACGGUUCGCCAACGUUGCAGGGCUCACAGUGACGCUGCAAAGUGUUGAGCAAGCGAUGAUCCUCAACCUCAACGAGACUGAACCUCGAAGGAGAGCCUGCGGUUGCCACAAAGAGCAGCGAGUGUUGUGCAUUCUCGGUAGUUCUCAGCAUUCUUUGCAGUCUCACAAAACUCAAAGUGGAGCUCCCUAAGGUACUCAGCUCUGUGCGUCUGUGGCAUUGUGUGAUUUGCCAUCGUACAAACGAGCUUUGGUGUGCCCGAGUACUUCCUAGCUCCGUAAGAGAUCAUCUGUCUUUGAUGACGUAGCGAGACGCAGUGCUGACUGUGUGCAAGCUUUACACUGCUGCCUUUAAGCCACAUGUCUUGGAUUCUCGAGACACACCUGAUGAGCUCCUGUGAGAGAACACCUGGAGGAAUGCAGCCAGCCAGGAGCGAUGGUGAAACACCUUUACACUGGAUUUGACUGAAGCUGCUGUACGAGAGCUCAUACUCUGCUGGGAAGAAGCAGGAAUUCACUGUUCAGUUCCAUUUUCAGUGGAGUGGUGCUGGUUUUUUAUGCAUCAUUGACACCAACCUAAGCUACCACUUAGAAUGGUUUCUUGCUAAGCACCAAGCAGCAACAACCUCAUUGAACCAAGUGAGCAAAUGUUGGUGCCAGGACAUAGUGGCACUUUCCGUGUGCUGUUUGUGUGUGUGUUAUGGUAUACCAUGCCAAUCAUGGGCUACUCCUGGAUUGAAACGGUUUCAAAUGCAGCUUGACUUAGGUCGCGCAUACCAUACGUAAGUUUAGCGCAUGUCCUGUUCUUGCCCCUGUUCUUGAAUCCUUCUGUUGGCCUGUUGUUUCGGAGCUUUUUUUUUCUUUUUUUUUUUGUAGGGGAGGAACAGGACCAUUUAAUGGACUUUAUUUCUCUCUGUCCAGGAUCGAUGUGGUAGUUUAGAUCUGAGGGGAACUUUGCGUGGUUUCUGCAAACCGUUGCUGUAAGGUUCUGGAGCCAAGCGAGGCGAAAGAGUCGUGGCUGAAUGAAAUUCGGUAUGCGCUCGCUUGUGGUCAGAACGAAUCUGUGCAAUACCUUUGUUUGGAGACAAUGGAUGCUGGAGACAGCAUUAUAGUUCGGGCUGGCUUUGAAGCAUUGCUAAAAGACACAAUGCUUCAUUAGUCAUCAUGCAGCUAUGACUGCAUUGCGCUGGCUGUAUGGACCAUGUGUUGAUCCAUGCCAAGCGUGCAGCAUUGAACAUAGCACUUGAAGUUCUGGAUUGCAUCUGCAAAGGAAGCAUGAAGUAUGCCAGCUGAAACUGUGCAAGUGUCAUUCUCGCUCCCACUUUCUUAAAUACGUCGGCAAACGUAACGGAUGUCUAUUGAGACAUCCAACAGCAAUGUAACUAGCCCGGUUGAAAUGCUACACCUAACUGCUUAUCACAGCUUAUACCAUGACACAAGCAUUCUAAUAACAGUGUUAAUAAACCUCGGUAAUGAUGAAGUUGCAUUUGGAGCAAUAUUUUGUUUGUUAUAGCAGUAUUAAAAGAAUGAACAAAAAUUGGUGCCUACCAUAUCACAGUUGAGGCCGUGCAACUGAUUACACAAAUAACGCUAAGGAAUCCUUGCUUGCAAAACUCUUGCUUCGAACUAAACAUGCAUAUAUAGUAGUUACCUGUCACCCGGACUUGGUUCUAAGGAACAAGGAAUCGAAAGCUUUGCCAUUAUAUCUCCGGGUUCUUGCAAGGCUUAACACGUUUCCUGCUGGUCUUCGCAGCAUGGGUUGCUCCUAGGCCUGUUCAAAUUUUCUGUCUCAAAGUUCAGAUUGUUGUCAAGAUGUUUGCGGAAAGCCAACGUGAGCAGCGCAUGUUUUUCUUUCGACCAGUGCCUGCAGCUUUUAAACACUUUAUUUUCAUAUCCAGAGGGGCUCAUUUACAGUUGUUGCUAUAGCAUGCUGUGUUGCUUCCCACAUUCUUGGUUCAGCUAUAGCAGUAUACUACUCAAGGAAAUAAAGCAUGGCCGACCAAAUUUUAUAGCUACUUCAUUAUAUGCAAUAAUUCAUUAUAUCCCUAUUCUUUAUGUUGAGGUUCACCUGUUAGGAUUUGUGAUUGGCACCAACCAAAGUUAGGUGAACGAGAUAGGCCUAACACACCGUUCGGCGACUGUUGUGCGGAUGGACGAUGUACCACAGUUGCUCUUACACUAGCGGCACCCUUUUGACAGGUGAAGCUGUGCAUGCCUGCACCUUUCGGCAGCGAAAUAUUGCCACGCGUGACUUCUGGGUGCUUGCCAUCCGCAUACAUUUUGCUAUACGGCGCCUGCUUUACAGCCUUUACAAAAGUGCCUGUAAAUUUAUACUUUCUUGCUUUUUCGGAAGUUGUUGUUAUAUUAGAAAAUGUUUCUAGAGAUUUCUGCCAUUGACCCACUUUGUGGCAAUAAAGCAUCAAAGUCAUA